UCUCAAAUAAAAUGGAAACCGUAGAAGUUGAUUACGACGAUGUCGAUAUUAAGGACACCUGUAUCACCCCAGACAUGGUUGACCUUGUUGAAAAAGAAGAUUACAUUUACUACUACAUUGAUCCAGAAGCAGCUAAGCCAGAUAUUGUGGAUAGAUACACUCCUGAAGACUGGACCAUAUUCUUUAACCAUGGGAAAGAUGAGAAGGAAAGAAUGAUCUACCCAAUCGAAGGUCCAUAUACCGAGAAGGAGGAAGAAGCUUAUGAGCAGCUUAUUGAACAGUUCGAAGCAAAUGGUGGCGUUCCAGAUGAAAUGGAUAAAAGAAGAUGUAUGAGAUUCUUAGUGACUAAUCAUUUUAAAAUUAAAGAUACAAUCACCAACAUCCACUCCCAUCUUGAGUGGAGGAAGAAGAUCAAGCCAAUGGUGUUGAAUGAGACUCAUAAGAACAUGCUCGAUGAAGGAUAUAUUUAUAUCCAUGGAAGAGAUAAGUGUCUCAGACCUAUCUGCUGUGCUAACCUUGGAGUUAUCAACAAGCUAGGAUGUGAGGUAGAUGAUGGAGUGUUCAUGAAUUGGUUUGUAUGCUUCUAUUUGAUAGAGAACUUCCUAUGCAAGGGUAAAGUUGAGAACUGGCUUUUCGUUGCAGACUAUUGUGGACUUUCUCUUACAAAGCUUCCAACCAAAACAUUGAAGAAAAUCAUGACUGAAGCUCAAGAGCAUCUCAAAUGCAGAGUCAGAAUGUUCUUCUACUUCAACGUAACAUUUGGGUUAAGAGCAAUUUGGACAAUGGUAUCUCCAUUCCUUGAUAAGAUCAUUAAGCACAAGACGAUUAUGACGGGAGAACUAAAAGAUGAUAGAUUUUUGUCACUGGCACAUCCAUCUCAGAUUGAAGAGAAGUUCGGUGGGGAGGCUUCCAACGUAUCCCAGUUCUGGCCUCCUUACUGCCCAUCUGCAGAGUACGAUGUUCAAGAGACCUCCCUUUCAAGCUAAGAUUCUUAAUGAUAAGAUUCCUAAAAUUCUGACUGGAU